AUGAGUAUUAACAUAGAACCUAUUGGAACUCAGCUUAUAGAUCUGUCUUAAUAAGUUUAAGAAAUAGCCUAGUAAACAGUAGUAGUUGCACCUAGUCAACUAGAGGGACAAAACAUAUAAAUAAAUUAAGCUUUACCUGUUUAAUAGAGUACAAAUACACGCGUUUCACCAUAAAAUUAAAACCAGCAAAGAGCUGUUAACCAAGAUUGCAAUUCUACAACUCCACCCACUAUGCGUUUUUUUGUUAUAAUUGCUACAAUCUUCAUGGGAUUGUAUUCACUCAUUACAUAUUUGAUCAAUGAAACAAAGAAAUUUAUUCUUUCGCCAAUAACAAAGCUAUUCGAUGGCUAAUGUCCAAACCAUCAGCCUGAUGAUUUGUGCUUAGAUUGCGUUUACUGUCAGCAAGCAAGACCAUUACCUGGACGCAAAUAUAGCGAAAAAGAGUGUUGUAUUUGCUACAACCAAAUAAAAAAUAAAGUUAUUUUUCCAUGCUAACACAGUUGUUGUGCUGAAUGCGCUAUCUAAUGUUGGGAAAAUGGAAACAACAAAAAAAUAAAAUGUAUGUACUGCAGAAAAAAUAUAGAUAUGAUAUACAGAGAUUUUUAAGCUGAAGGAGACAGAUAUUUAAUAGAAAUUCGUCAAAAAAUAAGAUAAUAUAAUUCAACCUUUGCUCCUAAAAACCGUUCUCUCUACUCUAAAAUAAGAGAAUCACCCUUCCUUUUCUAAAGAACUAUAAAUUUUAUUUUUACUCGUGAAGGUAUAAUGUAUAUGCUAGGACAUAUGUGCUCAUCUCACUUUUUUAUUGUUGGCUUACUUUAUAUAUUAAGUCCUUUAGAUUUUCUUCCUGAAUGCAUUUUUGGUAUUUUUGGAAUCCUUGACGAUGUGGUUGUAUUAGGCAUUCUUUUCGUCCUUCUUACUAAUUUUUAUUAUCGCUAUUUACUUCGUUAAGACUAAGAAAACUCUCCUCAUGACUGA